AUGCGCGGCGACGCGCUGGGCCGGAAGCGGCUCCUGCCGAAGAGCGACGACAAGAAAUUGGCGCUGCGGCCGCUCGUGAACCGGUCGUCGCUGGCGCAGGCGCGGUGGACGAAGCUGCGGCGAUGCUCGCGCGGCGGCCUGUGCUGCCUGUGCAGCUGCCUGUUCCUGCUCGUCUUCUUCGAUCUGGGCGUCGUCCUCAACAACCUGCUCAUCGACCUCGACAACCUCGUGAGCCCGCCGGGGGCGCCGAGCGCGCGGCCCGAGGAGGACCGCGGCGCGCGGCGCGUCCGCGAGUACAUGGAGCGGCAGUGGGCCCAGGCGUCGAAGCGGCGCGAGUCGUUCCUGCUCUGGGACUACUUCGACCUCAAGGCCCACGAGGAGCUCGGCCACCGCAAGGCGCCCGGCACCUGGAGCGACCUCAUCAUCGCGCGCAUGGCGCUCUGGGCGAAGCGGCUCAAGUACGCGGGCGACAACCGCUUCGUCAUCGAGAAGGACAAGUGCGCCAUGUUCCGCAUGCUCCGCCAGCUGCGGCUGCCCCACCCGCGCGUGCGCCUCGAGUGGCGCGCGGCGGACUACGGCGACGGCGGCCGCCUCCGGAGCUACCUCCUCGGCGAGGCCGACGCGAAGGACCCGGGCCUCGAGCGAUGCGCCUACCCGGCGAUUCUGAAGGUCGGCCACAUCCACCAGCAGAAGUCGACGAUCUUCCUGCCGUCCGAGGCCGACGCGCGGGGCCGCGUCGACGACUACGUCCGGUGGACGACGGACCGGAUGCGCGAGAAGUUCGUCGACCGGGCGUCCUGGGCGGCGCAGAGCAACCCGCUCUACGCGUCCAUCGACGCCUGCCUCAUCGUCCAGGACGUCGUCAACCCGGGCGACUUCGGCGGCGAGGCGCGCGCGGCGCGGCCCCUCGAGCUCAUGGUCGAGGUCUUCUGGGGCCGCGCGGUGCAGGCCGUGCUCACGGUCGACGCCGAGGGCGAGCUCGUGCUGGGCAAGCCCCAGUACAAGAACACGGCGGAGUUUGUGGUGCUGCGCGACGGCUGGGCGGCCUACAAGUGGCCCUACCUCGCGCGCGACGGCCGCUUCUUCUCGCGGCGCUACACGAACCCGCGCAGCCACGUCCGCGCGCACCGCAAGGCGCGGGAGUCGUGGUUCCGCUACGACACGGACCCGGCCGUCGACGACGGCGCCGCCGACGCCGACGACGCCUGCGAGGGCGUCCGGGCCACGGAGCGCGCGACGUGCCUCGCGGAGUACGCGGACGUCCGUCGCGUGUUCCGCGCCAAGUACGGCGACGCGGCGAAGUCCUUCCCCGAGGUCUGGCGCGUCUGCGACGCGCUGGCGACGGGCGUCGGCGCGGACUACGUGCGCUGCGACGUCUUCGUCGCGCCCGACGGGUCCGUGGCCGUCAACGAGAUCUCGCUGUCCUCGAACUGGGGCAACGCCGUCUCCGACGCCUGGCAGCGCGAGCUCGUGAAACUCUGGACGCGGGGCUACGACGGCGCCGACGCCUGCACGCCCCACCUCGGCUCCCGCUGCGGCGCGGCCUUCGCGGGCGUCUACGAGGGCGACCUCCCGUCGCCGAAGUCGCCCCUGUUCGUCACGGCCACGACGACGUCGCGCGUGCUCAUCCCUUUGGCGGAUUUCCUGGACCGGUGGCUCGUGGCGACGGGCGUGCUGAGCGCCGUGUCGCUGCUGCGCUGGAAGGUGACGCCGGCGAAGCUGCGGCGCAAGGCGCUGGCCGCGAGCGGCCUGAGCAACGAGUGCUACCACGUGACGUGGGAGCGCAUCGACGAGCGGCUGCAGGCCGCGAUCGACGCGUGCGCGCGCAUGGACGACGACAAGACGCUCGCGGGCUGCGUCGCCGGCGGCCGCGACCUGCGCCUGGGCACGGGCUCCAUCCUCGUGCUCGAGCGGCGCCUCACGCGGCAGCUCGUCGCGGACCUCCACGUCACGGCCGCGCGGUUCGCGAACCCGAAGAUCGACGAGGCGCCCGUCGGGUCGCCGCUCGUCAUCGUGGGCCCGCCGCGGUCCGGCACGACGCUGCUCCUGGAGCUCCUGGCCUGCGACGGCGACACGUGGCGCCAGCUCGCGGCGCCGGACGCGACGACGCCGUGCGCCGUCGGCGGGCCGUCGACGGCGAGGGCCGUCGCGGGGCUGACGGAGGGCCUGCUGGGCGGCCAGCAGUACAUGUUCGACAAGACGAAGCACAUCCACUACGAGCACUGGGCCGGCCCGACGGAGUGCCGCACGGCGCUCGAGAACGGGUGCGGCGCGCCCUACGUGCUCUGGUGGGUCUUCGGCCUCACGGACCGCCUCGACGCGUGGAUGGACGACGAGGCGGACCGGGACCGCGACUACGCGUUCUACAAGGCCCAGCUCGGCGUCGUCAAGGCCUGCGGGGCCAAGGGGCUCGACGACCCGAGGGACUGGCUCCUAAAGGACCCGGCGCACCUCUUCUCGCUCGGCUCGCUCUUCAAGGCGCUCCCGGACGCCAAGGUCGUCUGCCUCCACCGCGAGCCCGUCGCCGUCGCGACGUCCCUCUGCUCCCUCCUCGCCAACGUCUGGAAGGUCGUCCACCGCGUCGACGCGCCCGAAAGCGGCAAGUCGCCGUUCGGCUUCGAGUCGAAGAUCGUCGAGUACCUCGGCCGCAUGGUCGACGCGUCCCUCGACUUCCGUAAAAAGGCGCCCGACGCCGACAUCCACGACCUCAAGAUGACGGACCUCGUCGCGGACCCCAUCGCCAACGUCCGCGAGAUCUACGCCUUCGCGGGCAAGGACCUCAGCGACGCGACCGUCGCGAAGAUGCAGGCCUACCUCGACGCGAACAAGCGCGACGGCCGCGCGGGCCACCACAAGCCGCCGCGCACCACGAUGAGCGCCGAGGAGCAGGCCCAGGCGCUGCAGCAGCUGCGCUCGCAAGUGAACGAGCAAGCGCAGCGCGAGCUCAUGACGAAGAUGACGGAGAAGUGCUUCGCGAAGUGCGCCACGGGCAAGGGCUCGGGCCAGCUCGACCGCAACGAGCAGAUGUGCCUCGCGAACUGCAUCGAUCGUUACGUCGACUGCAUGAACGCGCGCCUACCGCGCCCGCGCGAGACGCGCCGUUGCGUGACUGCCGGCCGCGCGAGCUCCGAGUGCCUCGCGCUCGUGCUCGACGGCGUCCUGAGCGCCGCGGAGUGCGCGUCGCUCGUCGCGGUCCACGGCGACGCGACGAAGCUGCAAAAGGUCACCGAGGCGGCGGGCGAGGGCUACAGCGUCGCCAUCCAGAACCCGCGCAACUACUCGCUCGGCGUCUUCCACGACGCCGGCGUGAGCGACGGCCUCUGGGCGCGGCUCGAGGCGCGCGCGGGCGCCGCGCUGGCGGCCUUCGCGGACUCGCGCGGCGAGCGGCCGCCGCUGGGCCUCAACGAGCGGCUCCGCGUGCUGCGCUACGCGCCGGGCGAGCGCUUCGAGCCGCACUACGACCUCGUCGUGGACUACCCGCCGGACCGGCGGAGUCUGGUGACCGUGUUGGUCUACCUGACGGACGGCUUCGAGGGCGGCGACACGGCGUUCCUCGACGCCGCGGCGCCCGCGUCGAGCCCCGCGGCCGUCGCGCCGCGCGUCGGGAGGGUCGUGCUCUUCGAGCACGGCCUGUUCCACGCGGGGUGCGAGGUCGUCGCGGGCGUCAAGUACGUCCUGCGGACGGACGUGCUCUUCGAGGCGCCGCGGGACCCGCCGCCGGCCGCCGCCGCCGCGCCGACCGCGCCGCCGCCGCCGCCGCCGCCGGCCGUCGGCGACGUCGCGGGCCUGCUCGCGAGCCUGGGCCUCGACCGCUGCCGCGGCGCCGUCGAGUGCCUCGGCCUCGAGGGCGCGUCGCUGGACGCGCUCCUCGCGCCGGGCCGCGCCGCGACGGCCGCGAUGCUCGCGGAGCUCGACGCGCGGCGCGCCGCAGCGAAAGCCGCGAAGAAGGAGCGGCAGCGCGAGCGCAAGCGGACGCAAGUCGCGCCCGCGGAGGCGCCGACGCCCGCGCCCGUCUCGCGGCCCCGCCGCCCGGCCGCCGAGGCCGCGCCGUCGCGGCAGCACCGGGGCGGCGGGUCGCUGUGGCAGCCCGGCGACCCGCCGCGGCGGGCGCUCGACGCGGCGUCCGCGGGCUCGUGGCUCGAGUCGCGCAUGCGGCAGCCGGCCCUCCGGCCCGCGGUCGCCGUCGAGUCCUUCGAGUCCAUGCUCCGGCCGCUGGCCGCCGGCGCGCCCCAGGCCCCGAUCCCGCCCUCGCCCCUCGACUGGACCGGGUACGUCGAGAAGCACGACGCGCCGAGCCUCCUCGUGAACCGCGUGUCCGCGUCGAGCUCCGUCGACGACCUCGGAUUCGAUCUCUCGCCAGCGUCUUCGCCGGCCGCGCGCAAGAAGGGCGCCGCCUGGGCCCAGCCCCCCCCUUCGCCCCCGCCGCGCAAGGUCGUCACCAUCGGCGGCAGGGAGUUUCAGUUCAAGAAGAAGCCCGGCGUCGCGGACCUCCUCACCAUCGCCGACGCGCUCGCGCGCGAGCCGCGCGCGCCGCCGCCGCGGGUCGAGGAAGAGCCGCCGGUCGAGCGAGAGCCGGUGCGGGUCGAGCCGCCGCCCGUCGAUCCGCCGCGGCACCGGCGCGAGCCCUCCUGCGACGUCCUCGACCAGCUCGCGACGGUGCUCGAAACGCUCCAGGUGCCCGAGGAGCAGGAGCCGAGCGCCGCGGCCGGCGUCGUCGGCGCGCAGGAGCUGGACCCCGUGUGGGCCGCCGCGACACCGGCCGCGGCGCCGGCGGACGCCAAGGGCUGGGGCUGGGCCGCGUCCGCGCGCGCCGAGGCGGAGACGGCCGCGGCGGCGCGCGCCGAGGCCGACGCGGCGGCGCGGCUCCGGGCCGACGCGGCGGCCGAGGCCCGGGACGAGGCCGCGGGCCGACGCGGCGCGGCCGUGGACGCCGAGGCGCGGCGCGUGCGCGCGUGGCAGCGGCGCCGCGAGGAGGCCGAGGCCGAGCGGGGGGGCGCGCCGAAGCGCAUGAGCGAGGAGCGGCGGAUCAAAAUUUUCGUGUCGCAGCACAGGCCGGCGCCGUGCUGGCCCCGGCCGCCGAUCGGCGCCGAGCCCUGCCGGGCCUGGGUCUACGCGGGCGGCUGCCCCAUGGGCGCGGCCUGCGCCUUCGCGCACGAUCCCGUCGCGCGCGGGGCCGGCCUCUGCGACGCGGCGGACGAGCGAGCGGGGCGCCGCUCGCGCCGGCCGAAGACCAGCGGCACCCCGCUGACGACGCCGCCCAUGCUGGCGCUCCCCUUUCCGCCGCUCCUGCCGCCGCCGCCCCCGCCGCCCUUUGGGUUCCCGCCGCCGCCGCCGCCGCCGCUGGCCGGCUUCCCGCUGCCGCCGCCGCCGCCGCUGGCCGCCUUCCCGCUGACGCCGCCGGUUUCGCCCGUGCGGUUUCCCCCGCCGUUGCUCCCGCCGUGCGUGCCCUACGCGACGCGCUACACGGCGCUCGCGAACGGGACGAGCGCGAGAGGCCGAGCGUCGCCCGGUAGCGGGACCGCGUGA